AUGAGUGAAUGCGAUUGUUUGAAUAAAGGCGGGGGGAAGAAGGCUGAAGGGCCUACUUAUUUGGGAUUGGAUCUUAGUACACAGCAGCUAAAAGCCUGCGUAGUAGACGAUAAUCUAUCAUUAAUAGCCGAAGCUAUAGUCCAAUAUGACACGGAUCUUCCGGAGUUUAGAACAACCGGCGGGGCCCACAUUGAUAAAAAAAACAACGCCCAGAUAACGUCCCCGACGUUGAUGUGGGUGAAAGCGUUGGACAUCGUUUUGGACAAACUCACAGUAGCUGGAGUGGAUUUUUCUCAAAUAGUCGCGAUAUCAGGAAGCGGACAGCAACACGGGUCAGUUUACUGGCAAAAAGGCGCAGAGAACACCCUGAAGAGCCUCAAGCCCGAUAAGUUUCUGCACGAGCAACUGGCCAAAUCGUUUUCUGUAACCGAUAGUCCAAUUUGGAUGGACUCCAGCACGAAGAAGCAAUGCGAUGAAUUGGAGAAAGCCGUCGGAGGACCUCUAAAAUUGGCUGAAAUAACAGGCUCUCGAGCCUACACCAGGUUCACCGGUUCCCAGAUAGCCAAAGUCCGCGAGACCAAACAAGAAGCUUACAACAACACCGAGAGAAUAUCCCUGGUGAGCAGCUUCCUUUGCUCGUUGUUCGCCGGUGCUGUAGCCCCCAUCGACAUCUCAGACGGUUCCGGGAUGAACCUGCUCGACAUCAAAUCGAAGAAAUGGAACGAGGCACUUCUAAACGCUUGUGGACCCCAGCUCAAAGAGAAACUUGGAGAUCCGGUACCUUCUUAUAACAUCGUCGGGCCGGUUUCUUCUUAUUUCGUCGAACGGUACCACUUUAAUAAUGAGUGCAAAGUGGUGGCGUGUACUGGUGAUAACCCGGCUUCGUUGAUUGGGAUGAGGUUGGGCGAAGGUUGGAUCGCUGUGAGUUUGGGUACCAGCGAUACGGCGUUUUUGUGGUUAUCUCAACCGCAGAUAGUACUCGAUGGGCACGUGCUGUGCAAUCCGAUCGACGAGAACGCUUGGAUGGCGUUGUUAUGUUUCAAGAAUGGUUCGCUGACGCGCGAACGGAUUCGUGACACGUGCGCGGACGGUUCUUGGGACACGUUCAACAAGCUGCUCGAGAGCACCCCGAGAGGGAAUUUCGGAAACAUCGGCUUGUACUACGACAAACAGGAGAUCAUUCCGUUCCUGAUCGGCGAUUACAGGUUCACGAAAACCGGAUGUGUGAGUAAAUUUAACAGUCCCGAGAACGAAAUUCGCGCCGCCGUCGAAGGGCAAUUCAUCAGGAUCAGAGUCUACGCGGAAGAUUUCGGAUUUGUACUGAAUGAAAACACCAAAAUCCUAGCGACAGGAGGGGCUUCCAAGAACACCGCGAUUCUACAAGUUUUAGCCGACGUGUUCAACGCUCCAGUUUAUGUACAGGACGCCGCCAAUUCGGCCAUGUUGGGGGCGGCUUUCCAAGCCAAACACGGCCUCAUGCACGAUACAAAAACCUAUCUCGACAUCACAGCGACGAUCCCAGAACCCCAUUUGGCCUGCGAACCCUACGCUGACGUCGCAGACAUCUACACCCCAAUGGUGCAAAGGUACAGGGAUAUAGUCGGGCAAUUAACGGAGAAGAAAUAA